AUGCCAAACGAAUUGAAGUUAACGUUUUAUAAUUCUUCAAGUCAUUCAACGACAAAUGUGGUAGAAUCUACCACUCAAAUUACCACUCAAAUUGAUGAGAGCAAUCUAGAGACAUCUAUUUCACUUUCAGAAAUAAGUCAUGAAUGUUCGCAAUUAGUUCAGAAUCCUAUUUUAACUCAUGAAGAAAACUCUGAAUCAUAUAUAUUGAAUGAUACCUGGGUAAACGAAAAUAUUCAUUAUGAAAAUGUUGAGUUUCGUUUAGAUGAAUUGCAAGAUUUAGAUUCGUUAGUCUUUAAUCAUUUAUGGGAAGUUGAUCCUGAAACCUGGAGAGAAGAGGAUCAAUAUGUGUUUUCGGAAGAAAGCCAGUAUGGAGUUUUAGGGGAAACGUCAUUAGAAAAUGGUGCUUUUGGGGAAAAUCAAGAUAAAUCUUUGGAAGAAAACCAAGUUCGAUUUUUGGAAGAUGAAACUUCUGGUGAAACCCAAGUUUAA